AUGGCAGCACGUUAUUUCACAGGGAAAAGAAAAGUCGUAGCUUUCACUGGGGGAUACCACGGCGGAGUUCUGACCUUUCACGAUAAGCCUGCGGUGAACACAAUCAAUGACACGGAUUUCGUAGUCAUUGAAUACAAUAACACCGCAGCCGCGAUCCGUGCAAUUGAGGGCGAUCCGGAUGUGGGCACAGUGCUUGUCGAAGCAAUGCAAGGUGCCGCAGGAUGCAUUUUGGGAACGGAGGAAUUUUUGUAUGCUCUGCAGGCGUCUACGCGAAAGAUGGGCGCUGUACUGAUUAUAGAUGAAGUUCUGACGUCACGGCUCUCUCCUGGCGGGCUUCAAAGCACCCUGGGCUUACAGCCUGACAUUACUACACUGGGAAAAUACCUGGGAGGAGGUCUCGCCUUUGGGGCAUUAGGCGGGAGGAAAGACAUUAUGGACGUCUUCGAUCCCCGUAUCUCGAGGUCCCUCCCGCACUCAGGGACAUUCAACAACAACACCCUAACGAUGCGAGCCGGUUAUACUGGGUUGUCGUGCGUCUACACACCCGAUAAAGCAGUCACCCUCAAUCGCACCGGUGAAGUACUACUCAGCCGUCUCCAGGAGAUUUGCAAGGGGACGCAGUGCUGUUGGACCGGGCGCGGAUCGCUUCUUGCAUCACACUUCACACAGACUGGGUCGACGGAUAUCCGGUCCAUUGCCGAUCUCCCCGAGAACGAGUACUUGAAGGAGCUUUUCUGGCUUGAAAUGAUGGAGAACAACUUCUGGACCACGAGGAGAGGGUCGAUUGCAAUCAUUCUUGGGACUCCUCAAUCUGAACUAGAUCGCUUCCUUGCCUGUGUCGAGCAAUUUCUGCUACGACACAGAGAUUUAGUUGCCCUGCCCAGACGCCAUAAUCAUGCAAGCAAAUUUUGA